GCACGACCUGCGCACAACUAUGCUACGGCAUUAUUCACGAUGCAAUAUUCUCUUGUGACUCUACCCAGUAUUAUCGUGGUUGCCUAACUUCCCCUGCCCCUUUGUCUGACUCCGAUCCUCAGUCGGAGGCCAUGCGAGGAUCAACCAUAUACGCCUGGGAGUCAGCCGGUGGUAUCUCUCAAGCACUCAAAGACGCGCCAUCGUUCAUAUGUUCUACGAACAUGUCUUAUCGCUGGGCCCUGGAAGGACGCAUUGCCGCAACUGCCGCCCGGGAACACCAUGCGUCCCACUUCCCCCGCGAACGUAUAAUUAUGCACCAUGGGAUGGCGCGCAUCCAUCCCCCUUCGACUUUUCGCCAUGUCUUCGUUCGGAGAGAAGGGACGUGUUCAGCCGUCUGAGCUUCCCCAGCCAGCUCAGAGCCCUCGACGCUCAUUCUCGCGACUUGCUUCUCUCAAGUGGAUUCUCACUCUUGUCUUCGCGUCUGCGGUCUGCUACACUUUCCAGCCUGCGAGUGACGGUAUUCUGGCACUCUGGGAUGGGCCCGAAGUAGGAACGGCUGCCUUGUGCUCGCAGGCAACUGCCCUUAGCCCGGUGAAGAACGCGGGGCUGUUCAAGACCCUAGCCAACACGUAUAGCACGGACGAGUUCUUGCACAGGCGCACGCAAUCUUACGAUGACUUGGGUCCCAUCGGCGAGGACCCUCGCUGGGAAUCGUUUGGUCCCUUCCACGGUUACUUGCUGAAGGCGUAUCCUCAAGCCCAUGCCACGUUGGAGCUCACCAAGGUCAACACAUAUGGCCUAGUAUACGUCUGGAAAGGCACGGAUGAGUCACUCAAGCCUCUCCUGUUGACGGGACACCAGGAUGUUGUACCUGUUAACCCUGACACCUACGAUUCAUGGACGCAUCCACCAUUCUCGGGCUAUUUCGAUGGCAAGUUUGUUUGGGGUCGUGGCAGUAGGGAUGACAAAAGCGGUCUCAUCGGUAUCUUGACGGCUGUCGAACUUUUGCUGGAAAGUAACUUCCAACCGACUCGCGGGGUCGUUCUUGCCUUCGGAUUUGACGAGGAAGUUAGCGGCCGCCGUGGCGCGUCUGCGCUUGGCGAAUAUCUGCUUUCGACAUAUGGCGAAAACGCUUUCGCGAUGCUGGUUGACGAAGGAGGUUCGAUCGCCGAGCAAUACGGGGGAACGUUCGCUCUCCCUUCUGUCGCGGAGAAAGGCUAUAUCGAUGUGCGCGUCGAGAUAGCGGCACCAGGAGGCCACUCUAGUGUUCCGCCUGCCCAUACGACUAUCGGCAUGCUCGCUGAGCUCCUUGUCCACUAUGAGAACAAUCCCAUUGAAGCCAAGCUCUCUCGGGGAACCCCCACGUACUGGCACGCUGAAUGUCUCGCAGCUCACGCCCCCGAGCUGCCUUCCUCGUUUCGAAGCGCGAUGAGGAAGGCUAGCUCGUCCGACAAGGCACUGAAGGCGGCUCAGGACGAGCUGUUCCAAGAUCUCGCAUUCAAAGCGCUUGUUGGUACCACUCAGGCUAUCGACGUGAUCGGCGGUGGUGUCAAGUCGAACGCCCUCCCUGAGAACGCCAUGGCCGUCAUCAACCACCGUAUCGCGUCUGACAGCUCUGUGAGCGUGGUCCAGGAGCACAGUAUCGCGACGUUAGAGGGCCUCGCCGCAAAGUUUAACUUGUCGUUUACCGCGUUCGGAUCAAGCAUUACGGGCGAUACACCUGCCUACGGGUCGCUGGCGCUCAGCGACGCAUGGGGAACAGCGCUGGAACCUGCCCCUGUCACGCCAACGGGCGCGGACGCGGCGCCUUACCAGCUCCUCUCGGGCACCAUCAAGUCGACGUUCAACGCGCAUCGCGAUCUGACUCAGGACGGUAUCACUGUCGUUCCCAGUAUCGUGUCUGGCAACACUGAUACACGGUAUUACUGGAAGCUUACGCCCCACAUCUUCCGCUACACCCACUACAAUACUGGCAGUGGUAGUGCGCUGAGUGGCGUGCACACAGUGAAUGAAGCUUGCGACGCGCAGAAUUUCGUGGAGAUGAUACGGUUCUUCACGACGUUGAUCCUCAACGCCGAUGAGUCGACUGCACUCUGAACGCAUUGACUUCGCUCCUGUUACUUUGAAAAAUGUCGGGUAUCCAGUGAUGCCAGAACUGUACGACGCUGUCGUGUUGCAGAGGUGCGGUUGAGCUUCCUGAGCCCAUCAACACAAAAACCCGUUGACGCUACUCUAUGUAUUCUGCACAGGCACCGUGCUCCGCCGAGGUGGAGGUUCACUGUACUAGAGUGGUUGGGAAUCAUGACCGUGUUCCACACAAGAUGUCGUAGUGUGGUUUCAGGGCUUUCAGCCGGCAGCCAUCC